UGAAAAGUAGUAGUAGUAAUAGUCUUAUGGUCUUCCUUCAGCCAAUAGUAGUUAAGGUCAAAAGAGCUUCCUGCUUGCGUCUCGACCUCUGCUGCAGCACCUCAAGAUCAGCCCACCGGGCCUCUCGGGGCCGGAGCAGCCCCCGUCCCCCCGCCCCCUCCACGGACAGCCUCUCCAUACGGAGCGAGGCGUGCACGUGGGUGCGCGUCUGUCACUCUAUCCCAGCUGGACGGGACACAACACAAAAAGUUCAAAGAGAAGAGGACAGCCUGCAGCACAGCACGCAGCACACGGAUCACGGUGGGAUUCUGUUUUGGAUUUUACGUUUCCGUUCGUGUUUUGUUGCCAAAGUGCGGAAGGUUUGAGUCGGGGCUUGUUGUCCUUUUGGAGGAGCUUCACGUGUCUCCGUUUGGCACCAGACGCAUCUGUCAUCAAGUCUCCACUGAGUGCUUGGAGCAGCCAAAGUCAUGCCGGCCGGCUUUCAGCAACUCGGAGGGGAGACUUUGACUGGAACCUUUAUUCUCUCAGUCUUCACUGCCGUCCUGGGAUCUCUGGAGUUUGGAUACAAUAUCGGAGUCAUCAAUGCACCUCAGAAGAUCAUCGAGGCGGACUACAACGCUACCUGGGUGCAGCGGUAUGGAGAGCCCAUCCCCACCGGGACCCUCACCUCCCUCUGGUCCCUGUCCGUGGCCAUCUUCUCCAUCGGAGGCAUGCUCUCCUCCUUCUGUGUGGGCUUCAUCUCCGAGUGGCUGGGCAGGAGGAAAGCUAUGCUCAUAAACAACAUGUUUGCCUUCGUUGGUGGAUCUCUGAUGGGGUUGUCCAAACUCUGCCGCUCCUUUGAAAUGUUGAUCCUGGGACGUUUUGUCAUUGGUGCCUACUGCGGGUUGGCAUCAGGUUUGACACCAAUGUAUAUUGGUGAAAUAGCUCCUACCAGCCUGCGAGGGGCGCUGGGCACGCUGCACCAACUGGCUAUAGUCACUGGGAUCCUCAUCGCACAGGUCCUGGGUCUGGAGUCGUUACUGGGCGUGGAGGACUUGUGGCCAGUUCUGUUGGGUUUAGCCGUCGUGCCGGCCGUGUUUCAAAUGGCUCUUCUUCCUUUCUGCCCCGAGAGCCCCCGCUUCCUCUACAUCGUCCGCUGCCAGGAGCACCAAGCUAAGAGAGGCCUGAGGAGGCUGACGGGCCGGCAGGAGGUGGGCAGCAUGCUGGCGGAGAUGAAGGAGGAGAAGAGGAAGAUGGACAUGGAGAGGAAGGUUUCCAUCCUGGAGCUCUUUCGCUCUCCUUUGUACCGACAAUCCAUCGCCAUCGCCAUCAUGCUUCAGCUCUCCCAGCAGCUGUCUGGGAUCAAUGCAAUUUUCUACUACUCCACCAGUAUCUUCAUGAAAGCAGGAGUCCAGAGUCCAGUCUACGCCACCAUCGGAGCGGGCGUGGUCAACUGUGCCUUCACUGUGGUCUCGCUCUUCCUGAUCGAGAGGAUGGGCCGACGGACGCUCCACAUGAUGGGACUUGGUGGGAUGUGCCUCAGUGCCGUCAUCAUGACCAUGGCUCUGGCUCUGCUGGACAGCGUUCCAUGGAUGAGCUACGUCAGCAUGCUGUCCAUCUUUGGCUUCGUUGCCUUCUUUGAGAUCGGUCCGGGUCCCAUCCCCUGGUUCUUCGUAGCGGAGCUCUUCUCUCAGGGCCCGAGGCCGGCCGCCAUGGCCGUGGCCGGCUGCACCAACUGGACCGCUAACUUCAUCAUCGGCAUGUGCUUCCAAUAUGUGGCUGAUCUGUGUGGGCCGUACGUGUUCCUCAUCUUCGCAGCACUCCUUCUCUUCUUCCUCAUCUUCACAUUCUUCCGGGUGCCGGAGACUCGGGGCAAAACCUUCGACCAGAUCGCAGCAAACUUCCAGCACACUGCAGGAGGGAUGAUGGACAUGGACAUGGACAUGGACAUGGACUUAGACAAGCCCAGCACCGAGCUGGACUACUUGGGGGAGGAGAGCAUCAACUGAAGAGAGAGAAGACUGAAUACAGCUGGAGAUGAACUGUGUAAAUGGGCCUGACUCCAAACUUUUAUUUUCUGACAUGUAUAUUGAGGUCAUUGUCUUGUAUUCAUAUAGAUUGUGGUGCCAAAGCAGUGUUAACGGUGUGUGACAAUUUGAGUGUUUUGGAAUUGUCCUUUGCUGGUACCACUGCAAUAUGAGGUGACAAGUUGAGCGUCAAAAAAAGACUAAAAGCCGACAGAUUUAAGAGUUGACUUACUGUAGUUUCAAGGAAUAAGAUGCACAUCAGAACAAAGUGUGUGGACUGUUGAGGCAUUAGCUGCCCGUGUGGGAGGAUUUUAUUCCAUGGUGAUGAUGCACUCUGUGGCAAUACUGACGGGAGCUGGAGAGACUUUGGAAUUCCCUGCACUUUAUCUACAAAGACAUCCAAAGUUUGGAGGUAGAAAAAAGAAACAAAAAAAUAGGAUAUACAGCCAUAGAGCUAAGUAUGCAUGCAUGUUUUGUACUGAAGGUGGGAACACUCAAUGAAACACAUUUAACUGACAGAUUUUUACUUUUACUAUUUAGCUUAAACCUCUGAAGUCCAGGAGAUUUUUUUUCAAAUUUGUCAACUUCCUUUGCAUUAAUUUCUGUCUCUGUUUAGCAUCUUUCAGUCUGUCCUUACAUCACAUGCAUGGCUCCUUUUUCUCCACACAAACUUGGCUACCAGUCAGAUUUUUCAUUUUGUUUUAAUUAAGUAUAAAGCUGCCAGGAACCAAAAAUACAAACAAAAGACAGGUGUCUAUGGAUAUGUUCUUUUUUUUAACCAUUUAUACACACAAAACAGCAGAAAAAACAAUAAAUAAUAAAACUACAAAACAGUCUAUUUGCAUGUUAAUUAAGAAUAGUAAUAGUUUUCAUUGUAGAAAGAAAAUUCACAUUUUAAAAAUGGUCUAGAAACAUAAAUGUCACACUGUGAAAGCUCCUAUGAUUGAACUUUAACUGGCUGUCUCAGCUUGUCUACAUAUCAUAUAUAAAUAAAGUUAUUACUGUAAAUAAAACGUGUAUUUUCAAUAAAUAGAUGGACUCCAGAGGGUUAAACUACCGGAAAGCUUAAAGAAAAAUAUUUAUUGGGGCUAGAAAAAACAAACUUAUUCAAGUUUAAGUAAUAAUUUGUGUCCAGGUAUAAGAUCAGUGUGAAACUAUUUCAAACAAACCUUUACAACAAUAAAAUAACUACUUUACCCAGACUUUCUUCAGUCUAUCACAGAACAGAUCCUCAAAGUGUUUGUUGCUAAACUGGGCUUUAAAUCAUUUAAGUGUUCCCAACUUCAGACAGAAUGCUAUCACAACUUCUAUAUUUCUGAUCGUGAGAAACUCGUUGCACAAGCUGCAGAAAUGCUACUUUGAAAGAAACAAAAUGUGUACAUAGUGUGUCAUGUGGUUGUUGAUAUUUAAAGGUAUGAGGGUCUAAAAGUUUCAAUUCUUUAUGCACUCCAGUGUUUGGUUUUGUAAACAGAAGCCUGAUAUACUAGAGCAAGAUGUGCAAUCAAAAGGGCUGCCUGUAAAAAGUAGAUUUUUUUUAUUAUGAAUCACAAGCGUCCGGUUUGUGCGUUUUUCUUCUGUCCCGUGUGCUGUUUGCCGUCUGUUCAACGGUGUAUAUCACUACGUUGUAAACAUUUGUAUGGAGGUUGUUCACCUGUUAUUUGUAGAGUGACUAAUGAUGCUGUGGUCAUGUUGUGACUAAAGGAAGCAAGUACUGUAAAUA